AUGCCUUCCACUACUUUCAACUUCUCCGCCGCUCUGUGCCUUUUCCUGGCCGUUGGCCCCGCUACCGUUCUCUCCGCUCCCCAGCUGAAUGGCCUGCCCCUUCUUGGCGGCGCUGGUGAAACUCCCGCCACUGGCAACACUGAGAAGGAUGCUGGUGCUGGGUACGACGUCGGCAUCCCCGGCGGACCUAACGUUGCCUUCGGAGCUGGUGUCCACAGCGAGAAGCAUGGUCCCUGUGGCCCAGGAGUGAGCUCCGAGAAGGAUGCCGGCGCUGGCUACGAUGUUGGCAUCCCCGGUGGCCCCAAUGCGAUCUACGGUGCUGGAGCCCACGAGCAGCACGACGCUUACCCUUGCCCCGAGCCUGUCGCUGUGCCUGUGCCUGAGCCCACCACUGAGCCUGUUGUCGUUCCCAUCACUGAGCCCACCACUGAGCCUGUUGUUGUUCCCGUUCCCGAGCCCACCACUGAGCCCACCACUGAGCCCACCACUGAGCCUGUCGUCGUUCCCAUUCCUGAGCCCACUACCACCUCCACCUCCACUUAUGUCCCGAUGUACAUCCCCCCGACCUACACCACUCCCAUGGACAUGCCCACCAUCACCACUGUUCCCGCCUACGUACCUCCUCCCAUGGCUCCCAUUCGCUCGACUCCUCUGAUCCAGCGCCCUGCUCCCUCGGCUACACCCUCUUCUAUGCCAGUCUACAACGCCGGAUCCUCCAUGACCCCGAGCUCCCUUCUGGCCCUCGCUCUCCCUAUCAUGGCUGGUAUCUUCUACUAG